CAGCAAAUACAAACAGAGAUCAGGAAAGACUAAACCCUACCUACUAAUUACUCAUUGGAAGCCUCAGAACAAACUGCUUCCCAAGAACUGAUGACCAAAAUAUCCACCCAUAAUAUAAGCAAGCUUAGAAAAUCUCUUCUUACAAUCCUGACAUAAUGGAAGUUUCCCUAAACCACCCAACAUCUGAUAAAACCAGCACAAAGAGCAACAACUCUGCAUUUUUUUACUUUGAGUCCUGUCAACCCCCUUCUCUAGCUCUACUCCUAUUACUCAUAGCCUAUACUGUGGUCUUAAUUGUGGGCCUUUUUGGAAACCUCUCUCUCAUCAUCAUCAUCUUUAAGAAGCAGAGAGAAGCUCAGAAUGUCACUAACAUACUGAUUGCCAAUCUCUCCUUCUCUGACAUCUUGGUGUGUGUCAUGUGCAUCCCUUUUACUGUCAUCUACAUUUUGAUGGACCAUUGGAUAUUUGGGGAUACCAUGUGCAAACUAACCUCAUAUGUGCAGAGUGUUUCAAUCUCUGUAUCCAUAUUCUCACUUGUAUUAAUUGCUGUUGAAAGACAUCAGCUGAUUGUGAACCCCUGUGGCUGGAAGCCCAGUGUAUCUCAUGCCUACUGGGGCAUCACAUUGAUUUGGCUAUUUUCUCUUCUGUUCUCUAUUCCGUUCUUCCUGUCCUAUCAACUCACCAAUGAGCCCUUCCACAACCUCUCUCUCCCCACUGACCUCUAUGCCCACAGGGUGGCCUGUGUAGAGAACUGGCCUUCCAAAAUGAACCAGCUCCUCUUUACCACCUCUCUGUUUAUGGUCCAGUAUUUUGUCCCUUUGGGCUUCAUCCUCAUCUGCUACCUGAAGAUUGUCAUCUGCCUCUGCAGGAGAAAUGGGAAGGUCAACAGGAAGAGGGAAAAUGAUGGCCACCGGCUCAGUGAAAACAAGAGGAUCACCACAAUGUUGAUUUCCAUCGUGGUGACCUUUGGAGCCUGCUGGUUGCCCUUGACAUCUUCAAUGUCAUCUUUGACUGGCAUCCUGAGGUGCUGA